CAGCUCUAACCCCCGGAAUUCAUCCUAUGAUAUUACAUCCUAGUACCCCUUAAUCAUUGCCGCUAAAAAAGCUACUCCUUGUGUUUGUCAUAUAUAUAAACGAAGCAUGAUAAUUCCGAUACCUCUAUAUGAAUUACACAGGCUCUCCUAGACCUCCCUUCCGCUUUCGAGAAAACGAACGUCUCUCAAGCUCUCCGCAAGGAUUUCCCUUCCCUCGCCGUUCCCCACAUAGAUGCGCCCUCAAACUGCCCAGACACAUGAUCUCCGAUGCCAGCGGCGGGCGUGUCGUUCUUAUCUCCUCCAUCAGCGCCCACCGCGUAAACUACCCGCAACCCCAGGCCGCCUACAACGUCUCCAAAGCCGGCAUUCUGCAGCUCCGUGCCUCUCUCGCAGCAGAAUGGAGUCAGUACGGCAUCCAUGUCAACUCCAUCUCUCCGGGCUACAUGGACACGGCACUCAAUGAGGGCGAUGCGUUGGCACCAUGUCGCCAAAUAUGGGCCGAUAGGAAUCCCAUGGGGAGGAUGGGGGAUCCCCGGGAGAUGGCAAGUCCCGUGGUGUUUUUGUGUAGCGAGGUGGCGGAGUUACGUGAAUGGGGCGGAUAUUGUUGAUGAUGGCGGUGGGCUGGUCUUUUAACUUUAAAUAAAUAGGGGUAAUGCAGCAUUCAGGCGACUACCGGCAUCCGUUGGCUUAUUAUUUUUAUCCGGCAAAGGUUUCCAAUCCUUUUAAGACUUUAUCUAUGUAGUUUGGGAAAGGCCAUCGCUGGAUAUGUAUGGGAGUUGCAUUGGUAGCAGAGCAGAUAUAUAGAUAUUAGUAGCUCGACGCUCGAUAACAAUAGAGCAGAUAGUAGACAAAUAAAUUUUAACACAACCAAGAGAAGUAUCAGUCAUCUCUACGCCAUUUCCUAACUCCGGA